GCAGGUGAGGCGGGGGUAUCUUUCUUCCUGUCCCCCCAUUUAGCCUUGUUUUGUAAUAGGAUCGAGGUUUAGGUCCUGCCCGGCCUACCCACCCGGGACCACCUAGCCCACCCAGCGCAACGAUGAAUUUGGAGCGGGUGUCCAACGAGGAGAAAUUGAACCUAUGCCGGAAGUACUACCUGGGUGGAUUUGCUUUCCUACCUUUCCUCUGGUUGGUAAAUAUCUUCUGGUUCUUCCGAGAGGCCUUCAUUGUCCCUGCAUACACUGAACAGAGCCAAAUUAAAGGCUAUGUCUGGCGCUCAGCUGUGGGUUUCCUCUUCUGGGUGAUUGUACUUACCACCUGGAUCACCAUUUUCCAGAUCUACCGGCCCCGUUGGGGUGCCCUUGGGGACUAUCUUUCUUUCACCAUACCCUUGGGUACCCCCUGACAUCUUCUGUGCAAUCUCUGGAAGCUGCUCAUUCUUCCAGAAUGGGCUCCAAAGGUCUAAAACCUCUCUCAACCCUUGAAGACUUUUCCCCUCCCCUGUGUAUUCUUCUGACAUCCCUCAAUAAAAAUACCCUAACUCUC